AUGAUUCUACAUUUCUGUUCAUUCCCUUUCUCUUUCAACUCAUUUUUUCAUUCAUUCUUUCAAUAUAUCUUUUUUGUGGUCCUUUUAUUGUUUCCAUACUUCAUUUUCUUCACCUUCAUUUACUCUUUAUCAAUCUCAUCUUUAUUUUAUUUUCUUCUCUUGUCCUUUCAUCUCCGUUUUAUUUCAGCAUGUCUUUUAUAUCCUUUCUUUAUUCCUUUUUAUUUCUUCCUUUCUUUUGUUCAUUUACCAUUAAUUUCUUUACAUUUUUUUUUAUUACCAUUUAAAAAAGAAUUUCCUCCUUUCUUCCAUUUUUGUAUUUUUAUGUUUUUGUCUUUAUUAUAUCAACAUAUUUUCAACAUUCAAUUCUAUCUUCCUUCAUUUUUCUCUCUAUCCUACUAUGCAUUAUUACAUAUUUUUCAUAUUCUAUACUCUUUAUUUUUUAUCAUUCUUUGUCUCAUGGUGUUUCUUCUUUAA